AUGCAACAGGACUACUUUGGCGAAUGCUCUGAAAGUGUCAUCAAAGACAACCUGGUGACGGUGUACGAGAUCCUCGAAGAAAUGCUCGACAACGGAUUUCCACUGGCAACUGAGUCCAACGUACUCAAGGAGAUGAUCAAGCCUCCGACCAUCCUUCGGUCGGUCGUCAAUACACUCACGGGGGGAAGCAACGUUGGGGACACGCUCCCCACAGGUCAACUGUCCAAUAUCCCCUGGAGGCGAGCUGGUGUUAAAUACACCAACAAUGAAGCGUACUUUGAUGUUAUUGAGGAAAUAGAUGCCAUUUUGGACAAAUCAGGUUCCACGGUGUUUGCCGAGAUUCAGGGUGUGAUUGAAGCCUGCGUCCGACUUACAGGGAUGCCUGACCUCACUCUCUCCUUUAUGAAUCCCCGUCUCUUGGACGAUGUCAGCUUUCACCCGUGUGUGCGGUUCAAGCGCUGGGAAUCGGAGCGCGUACUCUCCUUCAUCCCGCCUGAUGGCAACUUCACCCUCAUGACUUAUCAUGUCAGCUCACAAAAUCUGGUGGCCAUCCCGGUGUACGUGAAGCAGAACAUCAGCUUCAUGGAGACGGGUUCGUGCGGACGGUUGGACAUCACGAUCGGACCCAAGCAGACAAUGGGGAAAACGGUGGAGGGUUUGGUGGUCACCAUCCACAUGCCUAAAGCCGUGCUCAGUGCCAACCUAACUCCCACACAGGGGAACUACACGUAUGACCUCGCCACCAAGGUGUUGGUUUGGGAUGUCGGGAAGCUGAACCCCCAGAAGCUUCCGAACCUCCGAGGCAGCCUAAGUGUGCAGUCUGGCGCACCGAAACCCGAGGAGAACCCCUCGCUCAACAUCGACAUGAAGAUCCAGCAGCUGGCCAUAUCAGGCCUAAAGGUAAACCGCCUGGACAUGUAUGGAGAGAAGUACAAACCCUUUAAAGGAGUCAAAUACCUCACCAAAGCUGGGAAGUUUCAAGUGCGGACCUAA